UGAGUGUACCGAUGAACUACAAGAGAAGAAGAGAAAAACCUCUGGCGCGCCAGUGCUGUUGUCAAAUCGUGUGAAUGCAGUGCAAUGUGAGGAUUUUUGUCAAUAACAGUUGAUCGCAUUGCAUGAUUCUUUUAUGAACUGUUGCUGAAGGACUAUGGUUGUUUCUACAAAUAUGCCGAACACGUGGACUCGGAGUGCUGUUGCUUUUUGAAUGUGAGCAGUGUGAAAAUGCCUCUUCUUAAAUUGAGAGGAGUCAAUGUGGACUUUCCAUUCACUCCAUACCCGUGCCAGGAGGACUACAUGAGUAAAGUCAUCGAGUGCCUGCAGGAUAAAGUAAAUGGAGUUCUUGAAAGUCCCACUGGCACAGGUAAAACGCUUUGUCUGCUGUGUUCGACACUCGGGUGGAGAGACAACUUUAAAGACACCAUCUCUGCCCGCAAGAUUGCUGAAAGAUUGGGAGGUGCUGAGAUGUUCUCAGACAGACCAAUGUCAUCAUGGGGAACUUCAGCCACGGACGGAGACACACCAACUUACUACAGUGAUAUCCCCAAGAUCAUUUAUGCAUCCAGAACACAUUCCCAGCUAACACAGGUCAUAGCUGAGCUGAAGAACACAUCAUACAGGCCAAAGAUUUGUGUUUUAGGAUCUAGAGAGCAGCUUUGCAUAAACCAGGAGGUGAUGAAACAUGAGAGCAACCACAUUAAGGUCCACAUGUGUAGAGCAAAAGUGUCGACACGCUCCUGUAUGUUUUAUAACAAUGUUGAUGAGAAAAGCACUGACAAGGACAUCCUGAAUUCUAUACUUGAUGUGGAGGAUCUAGUGAAAAUUGGCAAAAAGCAAAAAGUUUGUCCAUACUACCUGUCACGUUCACUCAAACAACACGCUGAUAUCAUCUUCAUGCCCUACAACUACCUGCUUGAUCCAAAGAGUCGAAGAGCACACAACAUCGAGCUGAAAGGAGCUGUAGUUAUUUUUGAUGAAGCUCAUAAUGUAGAGAAAAUGUGUGAGGAGUCUACCUCAUUUGACGUCACACCAUAUGACCUGAUAUCUGCCAUUGAGGCUGUGGAUAGAAUCCUGCGAGAACAAACAUCAGAAAUCAGCAAAACAGAAUCUGCUGAGGAUUUUAAUGUGGAGUCACUAAACUCUGGAUUAAAACUGGACCUUAAUACAAUUGCUAAAAUAAAACAAAUUUUAAUGGAUCUGGAAUCAUCUAUUAAUGGUUUUGAGAUGCCAGGAAAUAAUCAAGGUAUAACCAAACCUGGCAGCUUCAUUUAUGAGCUUUUUCAGAUGGCUCAUGUGAACUUUGAGACUAAGACAGCUGUAGUGGAGGCCAUGGAUCAGAUCACAGGAUAUUUAGCUGGAAAACCUGGUGUAUUCCUGAAUACCAGCGGACUCCAGAAAGUUGCAGAUAUUAUACAGUUAGUGUUUGCAGCAGAACCUCCAGAGGGCGGCAAAAAACCACAGACAGCAGACACAAUGAAGCAGUUUAAGGUUCACAUUCAUCCAGACACCAGCAGCUUCAAGAAAAAACAAACUGCCGAUGUUUGGGCUUCAUCCUCUACUAAAAAACAAGGGAAUGUUCUGAGUUACUGGUGUUUCUCUCCGGGGUUCAGCAUGCAGGAAUUGCUCAGACAGGAAGUGCGCAGCGUCAUUCUCACCAGCGGGACUCUCUCGCCGCUCUCAUCAUUCACCUGUGAAAUGCAAAUUCCUUUUCCCGUAUCCCUGGAGAAUCCUCACGUCAUUCAGCGUGAUCAGAUCUUCGUCAGCAUCAUUGAUAAAGGCCCAGACGGAGUGAAGUUGAGCACAGCGUUUGACAGGAGGUUUGUUCCUGAAAACAUGUCUUCUAUGGGAAACACUGUUGUCAAUCUGUCAAGGGUGGUUCCUCAUGGACUGCUGGUGUUUUUCCCCUCAUAUCCGGUCAUGGACAAGACUAUGGAGUUCUGGAGGGCUAAUGGACAUGCAGAUCGCAUUGAACACAUGAAGCCCAUAUUUAUAGAACCCAGGGGCAAAGGCACAUUCACAGAGGUUAUUGAUGGUUACUAUGAUAAGGUGAACGACCCGAAAUCCAGUGGAGGAAGCUUCUUCGCCGUGUGUAGAGGAAAGGCAAGCGAAGGGUUGGAUUUUGCUGACACGUACGGUCGAGGGGUCGUGAUCACUGGACUUCCUUUCCCCCCCAGAAUGGAUCCCAGAGUGGUGCUUAAGAUGCAGUAUUUGGACGAGAUGUGCAGAAAUAAAACCAGCGGAGUGAAGUAUCUGUCUGGACAGGAGUGGUACAGACAGCAGGCGUCUCGAGCUGUCAAUCAAGCUAUAGGCAGAGUGAUCCGCCACAGAGACGACUUCGGUGCCAUCUUUCUCUGUGACCAAAGAUUCAAAAGCACAGAAGCCCGGAAUCAGCUUCCUUCGUGGGUGAGACCGUACGUUCAAACAUACGAUAGCUUCGGUACCAUGGUCCGCGAUGUUGUUCAGUUCUUUCGCACUGUGCAGAAAAACAGACCAGUGCCUAUGAAAAAAGGAAGAGUGGAGGGGUGUAAGAGUCAGUGUCCAGGCUCCAGCCGUCCUGUUAGCAAUGGCUGGCUCAGUGACCCCUCACAAAAGGCCAAAGCCAUAGACGCGCACGUCCCCAGCUUAAAGAGGAGAAAAUUGGAUGAGCAUUCUGGACGUGAUGGAACGGCCAAACUUUGCAUUCAGUAUGAGAUGGAGAUGACAAGUAAGAAGAAACCAGUCAGUUUGCUGGAUGCCCUGGAGUACAGCAACAACAAAGGAGAGACAGAAGACAGUAUGGUUGGAGAAGAAAGGGCGAGUCGCUUAUCUACGCUCUCACUUCAGCAUGACAAACGUCUAGAUGAUGAAUCGAGGGGUGGGAAACGGAAAAUUAAAGUAGUUCAAGAACGGACAACAGUGGUUCCCAGUUCUGCUAAGACUGGUAAGGCCUUCAUGAUAGAGCUGAAAAGAUGCUUAAGUCAUGAGAACUUUAAGAUCAUCAUGGUGGCGCUACAGGCGUACAAAGCAACAGACGACCUCAAUGACCUUUUGACCAAUGUGACUGAACCCCUCAUACAAGACCCUAACACACACAGUCUGUUAAGAGGUCUUUACCAGUUCAUACGCCCGCACCAUAAGAACGAAUUUGAUGAGCGUUGUUGCGGGUUAACGGGUGAAGGGUGUGGAUAUAAACCCGAACACUCGCUUUCUAGAGAAGAGAGAGAGACUCUCAGACAAAACACAGUUGAAACGUCACAGGUAAACCCAACCGGUGACCAGCUGAAUUUGAGCCGACAGCUGAACCAAGGUGGUUCUCACAUGGGAACCAUACAACUGAAUGGAGGGGGUGGUAAAAUUGGAGUCAAUGUGAGAAAUGAAGAGCAGAAGCCCCAAACAUCCAUCAAAGAUGGUCUGUCCUGCUCGUCUUUUCUGUCAGACAUUAGACAGGCCAUUGGUGCAGAGAAAACUCGACAGAUGUUUUUAGCCCUGCAGGCGUACAAAACAACAAACAAUUAUGAACAGUUGGUGUCAACCGUUGUGAGUUUAUUGACAGAGAGAGAUGAAGAUAUCACUCUACUAACACGGUUAGCAGUGCUCAUUCGACCGCAGCACAGGACACAGUUUGAUGAGUUGUUAAAAUCUUUGACUGGAAAUGAUUCUGCUACACCUCAGGAUUCAGACAGGGGAGCAUCUGUUCAACCAAGUCAAGCUUCCCAGUUAUCUGCAGGAAAGACUCAAAGAAAGAUAUCAUCCUUUUUCUCCUGAAUGGUGCUGGCAGGCUGUUCAUUCAUUUUGACCUGUUUUAUUUGAAAAGCUCUUUGAGAUGCUGAAUCAAUAUCUCCACUUUUUUACUUAGACCAUGCAUAUGAUGUUUAUCCAGGAAAAUAUACGUUGAAAUGUUGCUCAACUGACAUAAUUAUUACAUAUUAUAAUUAAAUGUAUUUUUCUAUAAAUAAUGAUUUUUAAUAAAUAAAAGUUGUUAUAAUUGUUUA